GUUCUCUGCAAGCAGCAACAGUUUUGAAUGAUUUUAUCAGGCAAGAGUUGUCCUUUACGCAGGCGGAUACUCAUCUAACGAGCUGAUCUUCAACGCAAAGGGAUCAAACAAACAUAAUUGGUUCGGUUUCAAUCGACUGAAGAACGAACCCUGGUCUGAUAUCCGAACAGAAUCGCUGACCUUAUUGUUAUCGCUCCAAUUCCCGAAUAUUUAUUAUCAACAGCGUGUACAAUGGAUGUCCUGCGGAUGAUGAAUUGAUGGUGGCGGAAGAAUCGAAGUGAACCACAACAGAUAGGAACUGUCUUCCACAGGAACAAAUGGGUAACAUAUCAGAGGGUGCAUGUUAUUUUGCUCGCAUAAUUCGAGUUGGGUAUGAGAAGAUACUCGGCUGCCAAUUUACUUAUAUCUAGAAUCUUGAGCAGAUGAGAUGAGUUGCUGGCCGUACAUAUAGAGUAGAUUUCAGCGACUGAAGCUACGACUAGAAGCUUCCUUUACAGAACUGCCUGGGAAUAUAUUUGAUUGACAGUGUGUUCCGGUUUUGGUUUGUAUGAAAACUCAACAGCAAAACGACAAUCGUUUAGAAGUGUCCUUCCCGAAGAAUUGAGUCAGAACACACCCAAGUUGAAAACUUAUACCUGUUCACACCCAUUCUUCAUUGGUUUCAAACUGCGUGAUUUCAGACUUGUGGAAUCUUUGGAAAAGGAUCGUUGAAACUUCAAGAAGAUUCACGAUAUUUGCUAAACAUGAGAAACUUGGUCAUUUUGUUGAUUUUCGUGAGCUGUACAUUGUCUGUGGCGGCUGCUUGUAAGGAUAAAGACAAACGUUGUAAACUCUGGGCAUUGACCGGUGAAUGCAAAAAAAAUCCAAAGUACAUGGUGAUCAAUUGCCCCAAAAGUUGCAAAAUCUGUCCAGCUUGCGAGGAUGAAAACAAACGUUGUAAACUCUGGGCAUUGACCGGUGAAUGCAAAAAAAAUCCAAAGUACAUGGUGAUCAAUUGCCCCAAAAGCUGCGGAGUCUGUCCAGCUUGCGAGGAUAAAAACAAACGUUGUAAACUCUGGGCAUUGACCGGUGAAUGCGGAAAAAAUCCAAAGUACAUGUUGUUCCAUUGCUCCAAAAGUUGCGGAGUCUGUCCGGCUUGCGAGGAUAAAAACAAACGUUGUAAACUCUGGGCAUUUAACGGUGAAUGCGUAAAAAAUCCAAAGUACAUGCUGUUCAAUUGCCUCAAAAGUUGCGGAGUCUGUCCAGCUUGCGAGGAUAAGCACAAACAUUGUAAAUUCUGGGCAUUGACCGGUGAAUGCGGAAAAAAGUAUAUGCUGUCCAAUUGCUCCAAAAGUUGCGGCAACUGUUAGAAUCGAAGUGAAACACAUCUAACCUGUCUUCCUCCGGAUCAGAUGGAUAAGAUUUGAGGCAGUAGUCUUAUUUUGCCAGCAUAAUUUGGAUUGGGUGAAGGAAAAUGCUGGGUUCCUAAUGUAAGGGUUUUUCUUUCGCUGUGCUUAUUGUAGAAUUUCAAGCCUCGUUAUCUGGAAAAUAAAACAAAUGAUUAACUCAAA